AUGACAGACGCCACCACCUCCUUGCUCACCGAGCAUUUCAGCUACACGCCUCUAUCCCUCAUCGACGACAUCAUCAACUCAAUCAACAAUCUCAUCUACCAAGCCAUCUCCAGCCUCGAAACCGGUCUCCUCAACACUCCACCUGAACGCCUCGGGUUCGCGCACGCCGCCAACGAGUCCACGAUCCCGGACACCGACGAGGAUGGCAACGUGAUCUACCCGGAAGCGCAACUGGAGAUUGAGAAUGGCUUGCACCAGUUGGAGACGCUCCUGGAGGCGACCGUCGACAAGACGUUCGAUAAAUUCGAGCUGUUCGUCCUGCGGAACACGUUCAAGGUCCCCGAGGACCUUAUGGGUUGGAUCCGGUUGAAGCAUUAUGAGAAUCUUGACCUGAAUCCCCCGGAAGAUGCGCCCACGCCGGAUACGAUCGCCGCGCAGCGAAAGAAGCUCCUCGAGACCAAGAAGUUGAAUCGGGCGUUGAAGCAGGAGAGCGCCCAGAACGACGCGAUCAUUGCGCAGUUACGGCAGAUCUUGUCAACUAAGGACCCGAAACCGGACACUACGAAAGCGGGUGACGAGGCGGCGGUGCCAUCAACUACGGCAAACACGACGAAAGAUUUGGACUUGUCGUUCCUGACGUCGAGCGCUGCGGCGCGCCAGUUGCGCGUCGGGGCGGUGGCCGGAUCUAAUAAACAGCACACGCCCAUCACCACGAACACUAUGUUUAUCCUGUCGCAGCUGCCCGCGCUGCAGGCGCUGAUCAAAGAGCUCCGGCCCAAGCUGGCUACGCUGCAACUGUCGGAGGAUAAGAUGGAGGUCGACUCCAAGGCGGAUGCGCGACGCGAAUACAUUGAGAGCAGAGUCAGGCUGCACCUGGAGCGCUCCGGGCAGCUGGCUGCCGGGAAUGAAGUCAACCCGGUGCUUACGGGCCGCAGAGUCGACAUUGCAGAAGCGCAGGCGCUGGAGUCUGUCAUGGGGCUACUUGCGGAGGGUCAAAACAAAUCCGCCUAA